AUGGGUCUCCGCUCGGUACGCGUGGCGCUGCUGUGCGCGGUGGUGGUGGCGCUCAGCCUCGGCGGGGGGAAGCAGGGCGCGGAGGCGAUCGCGGGCAGUGACCUGACGAAGCCGUUCGAAUGCGACAAGAACAGCGACUACGGCAUGUGGUUCCGGUACACGUGCGUGUGCGCGUCCAUGCAGGCGAAUGAUGUGGGAAUCUACUGGGAGCCCGCAGUCAACGUGAGCAUCGGCGUCACUUGCCCAGGCCCCAACCAGGCGGCGUUCGGGCGCAUGGCGUUCGGCAACAAGUGGCUGGAGUCCGUGGGGUACAGCUCCUGGGUAACCGAGCUCAUGCGCUGCGCGCGCCAGCCCUACCGCGGCGACGGCCGGCAGCUCUGCUACAUCUCCAACAUCCGCGGGCGCUUCAAGGAGCUCUUCGUGGGCAACGGGUACGUGCCGCCCGGCGGCAAGGACACUUGA